AUUUAUCUUUCAGGAAACAUGUCCAUCAAGCCUGUGUGUGUUAGCGAUUUUGAGCAGCGUGCUAAAAAAAUCUUACCUAAAGCAGUGUUUGAUUAUUAUUUCUCUGGAGCAGAUGAGCAGGAAUCACUGGCUGAUAAUGUAGCAGCUUUCUCCAGGUGGCGCUUGUUCCCACGAGUACUCAGAGAUGUGUCCACAGUGGACAUGUCCACUACAGUGCUGGGUCAGCGUUUAAGCAUGCCAGUAUGUGUGGCAGCUACUGCUAUGCAGAGAAUGGCCCAUCCUGAUGGAGAAACAGCGACUGCAAGAGCUUGUUUAUCUGCUGGGACAGGUAUGAUGCUGAGCUCAUGGGCCACCUCCACUAUAGAAGAGGUAGCCGAAGCAGCUCCGGGCGGAUUGCACUGGAUGCAGCUCUACAUUUACAAGGACCGAGCUCUGACUCAGUCACUGGUCAGGAAGGCUGAAAAGGCUGGGUAUAAGGGUAUCUUUGUCACUGUGGACACACCUUAUCUUGGCAAGCGACGCGAUGACGUGCGCAAUCGCUUCAAGCUGCCCUCUCAUUUGAGGAUGGCUAACUUUGAAUCGCCUGAUUUGGCGUUCUCCUCCAAAGAGGGCUACGGCGAUGACAGCGGCCUGGCGGUCUAUGUGGCGCAGGCCAUAGAUCCCAGUCUGAAAUGGGAGGACAUUGCUUGGCUAAAGAAAAUCACUUCCCUGCCUGUGGUGGUUAAAGGAGUUUUAAGAGCGGAAGAUGCCAGGGAAGCUCUAAAAUACGGUGUUGAUGGAAUACUUGUGUCAAACCACGGAGCACGACAGCUUGACUGUGUUCCAGCCACAAUCGAUGUGUUACCUGAGAUUGUGGAAGCAGUAGAUGGCAGAGUAGAGGUUUACCUGGAUGGAGGUAUACGCACUGGUACAGAUGUUUUAAAGGCUCUGGCACUGGGUGCUAAGGCUGUGUUUGUUGGAAGACCCAUCCUGUGGGGCCUGGCCUGUGAGGGUGAGAAAGGGGUCAGUGAUGUGCUUCAGUUGCUCCGAGAGGAAUUUCACCUUGCUUUAGCCCUCACAGGGUGCAGAUCUCAAGAGGAAAUCAACAGGAGCCUGUUGAGAAGAUCUGAAAAAAUUUCAAGGAUGUGAUGCUAAGAAGAAAUUUCUUAAUAAUGAUAACGGUGCUUAAUAACUGCUGGAUUUCAGCAAAAAAAAAAAAAAUCAAAAUAAAGAUCAAAUUAAGCUGAUUUGAUGAAUAUACUACAACUAUGUAGUGUAUUAGUGUUUCUUAGCAGUUUAGUGGCUCGGUAGUCAAGCCCUAAAACAAGGCCAGUAACCCUUACUUAUAAAUUGUAUCUGUUGCUAUCUUUUAAAUCUAUACGUUUACAUUACCAACAUAUUAAUUUGGGUGCUUGCCCUCAACCUAAGGCAUUUGUAGCCUAGUGAUUAAGGUACUGGACUAGUAAUCAAAAGGUUCCUUGUUCAAGCCCCACCACUGCCAGGAUGCCACUGUUGGGCCCUUGAGCAAGGCCCUUAACCCUCAAUUGCUUAGACAGUAUACUAUCACAGUACUGUAAGUCGCUUUGGAUAAAAGCGUCUGCUAAAUGCUGAAAAUGUAAAUAAAAGGUUGAGGGUUCAAGCCCAAUCAAAGAUGAUUUAGAAGUGGAUUUGGAAUGUAUUCAUAACACUUGGCUUUUUAAGCAUUAUAUUAUAUUGUGGAUUUGAUUUGGAAUUGGUUUUGGAAUUUGAUUUGUAUGUAAUUGUCAUUUUUACUUUCAUUUUAAUUUCAAAGUUACUCAUAAUGAUAAAGUGAAAACAUGCUUUUAUUAAAAAUUAAAAACUAAAUCACCUUUGCUUUAAUUAUCAUUAAGAUGUGUCCAGAACUUAAUUGUCUAAUCCACUGUAUUUUGAAUUAACUGGACAUAGUUUGGAAAGGCACACAACUGGGUCUACAAGAACCCACAAUUUACACAAUACUGUAGGACAAAAACAAAAGCAUGUUCAAAUUGGGAAUCUGGUCAAGAAAAACCUUGGUCAAGUGGGGUAGGAAAAAAACCAAACAGUUACUUUAACAGUUACUCUAAAAGUCCUGUGCAAGAAUGAGAAAACUUGUUAGAUGGAUAGCUAUCUUAGCAGCAAUUCCUAAAUUAGACCUUUAUGACCUUUGCCCUUAGACCUUUAAGUCUUGAGAGGUUUGCUAAAUGGCUGUAAAGGACUCUUCCAACAUGAGUGAAAUAAUUAUUUAGUCUGAUGAGACAGAAACUGAACUUUUUAGGCAGAACAGCAAACCUUAUGACUGGUUAAACAGGUACUGCUUGGACCUUACAAUCAAUUCUGUGAAACAUGGUGGUGGCAGCGUCACCCUAUAAAGUGCCUUUCAAUGGAUCGGUCAUGGAGAAUAGAGGGACUAGCAAAUGCAGCCAAAUACAGGUUUCUUCCUUGGUGAAAACCUCCUGUUUGCAAUCAAAAUCUGACUAAAACAAUGGUUAACCUUUCAACAGCCAAAACAACACUGGAGUUUAAGGAUAGUCUCUGAAUGUCCUGAAGUGGCACAAACGAACCCCAUUUUUAAACCUCAUCAAGCAUCUUUAAAGAGACCUGAAAAUGGCAGUUCACAUAGACCUGUCAUCCAAUCUGGCAGCAUUUGAAAAGAUUUGCCACAAACAGUGAUAUAAACUGCCCAAAUGUAGGUGGGCAAAGCUUGUAGAGACAUAUCCAGAAGACUUUAACUGUAAAUGCUGCCAAAGGUGCCUGUACCGUUUAGUGAAUAAAGGGUCUAAAUACUUUUAUGAAUAAGAUGUUUCAGUUUUUGAUUUUUAAUACAUUUUUGAAAGGAAAAACUAAAAAUGUAUUUACUUUGUCGUUAUGAGUGAUUAUGUCUAGAUUGAUGUAUAAACAUGGCAAUUAUAUUCAUUCAAAAUGAAAUCCACAACACAGUAAAGUGUGCAAAAUGUCAAGCUGUCUGAAUACUUUCUGAAUCGACUGGAGCCCCUGAGCAAGACCUUAAAGCUUACAGUAUUGUAAGGUGUCCUCUGUUGCCUGUAGAUUUGCUUUGGAUAACCUGCCAAAUGCCUAAAUGCAAUGUAAAUAAACAUAAUUCUAGAGUAUUAAAUCUCUUUCAUGAAGGCACCACCAGAAAUCUCUUCAUAAUCUGGAUCUGUGCUAUUAAAUAUGAUUUCCUAAUACAA